AUGAGUGAUUGGUGUGCUACAGAGCAUAUUAAGUUUCAUCACAUCCCACCUCGAACACCACACUUUGGUGGUCUAUGGGAAGCGGCCGUAAAGUCUGAUAAAAAUCAUCUUCUUCGUACAGUCGGCGAUGCCUUUCUGACCUUUGAGGAACUAUCUUCUAUUGUUGCAGAUAUAGAAGCUAUACUAAACUCCAGGCCCAUGUAUGCUAUGUCCAGUGACCCGAGCGACGAGCAAGUGCUUACACCUGGGCAUUUCUUGAUUGGUGGACCAAUGAACGCAGUUUAUGAAACAGUGGUCACUGAUUACAAAAUGUCUGCGUUGAAGCGAUCGCAGCGACUAUCGUUAAUAAAGCAGCAUUUUUGGAAUCGGUGGUCGAAAGAGUACCUAGCCGAUUUACGAGCUAAAGGGCAAACUUCGUCAGAAAACAGAAAACAGCAACGUCAACACACUCGUUCUAGUUGGGGAUGA